GGGCAGCCAUAUUUGAUUCGAUUAUCUCGGCUCGGAGUAGUAGCUAGCCAGUUGCAGUUGUUCUGAAAAAAAUCGUUGCUGGAUUAUAUUACACACAUUUUCCACGACAAAUGAUAGCAAUCUUUUAAAGAAUAACUGCUUAACGUUACCGUGCUUAGUCAACGAUGAAUCCCGAAUAUGAUUAUUUAUUCAAGCUGCUUCUGAUUGGCGACUCUGGCGUUGGAAAAUCUUGCCUCCUCCUCCGAUUUGCAGACGACACAUACACAGAGAGCUAUAUUAGCACUAUUGGAGUGGACUUCAAAAUUAGGACCAUAGAAUUAGAUGGAAAGACCAUAAAACUUCAGAUUUGGGACACAGCUGGACAGGAACGGUUCCGGACAAUUACAUCCAGUUACUACAGAGGAGCGCAUGGCAUUAUUGUAGUGUACGACGUCACAGACCAGGAAUCCUUCAAUAACGUGAAACAGUGGCUACAGGAGAUUGACCGUUAUGCCAGUGAAAACGUGAACAAGCUGUUAGUAGGCAACAAAUGUGACCUGACGACAAAGAAACUGGUGGACUACACAACGGCCAAGGAAUUUGCUGACAAUUUAGGGAUCCCCUUCUUGGAAGCCAGCGCCAAGAGUGCCACCAACGUGGAGCAGGCCUUCAUGACCAUGGCAGCUGAGAUCAAGAAGAGAAUGGGCCCUGGGGCCACAGCCGGAGGUUCGGACAAGUCCAACGUCAAGAUCCAGAGCACGCCAGUCAAGACCUCCUCUGGAGGCUGCUGCUGAGGCCCCUCAGCCCCCCAAACGCCAUCCACCCAGACCCCUACCUACUAAUCUCAAAAGUUACCAUGCUCCACAGGGAUAGAGAAAGAAAGAGAAAGAAAGAGAAAUGGGGAGAGAGAGUGACAGAGAGGGAAGACAGUGGCCUGGAUUGUGUGUGCAGUUGCAAUACCAGAAAUGUCCCCCCACCAAGGUCCGCAAUAGGAUGGUAAGCCCAUCCACACCCACAGAAACACACUAACAUAAGGUGGGAUAUUUUUUACGUAUUACCAAAACAUACCUAUACAAAUUAAGAUGUGGCAACUUAUCCAGACAUUUUUAAACAAGGCGCAAGGUGAUAAUUAUGAAUGAGAGGAAUAUGAAUAAACCUUGUCCAACUCUUUACUCCAGGUCUGCUAGUUAAUAAUACAUUUUUCUACGAUGGUUUUGUUCUCUUUAUUUUACUGUGGAUAUCAGCAUGACUUUGGCCUGAUCUCCUCAAAAAUGAUUUAGGAAGCACUCCUAAUGAAGCACAUGUUUUAAAGAGCUUUAUAUGCAUGUUGGCAGAACUGAUUACUUUACCCACAAUGCAUCUGGAAUGCACUCUUCAUGACUUAGCACGUCUGCUCACUGUAAUCAACGCAAAUUAUUUAGAGGAAAUAUCAUUCGAUGUCACGUGGUCCAACUUCAUAAUGUUGCCCCAAAUAAUUUGCCAGCUCCUUUAUGGCAGGAUGUAUAUAUGAAAUGCUUUUGGCACACUGCGUUGUUGGCAUGUCCUUCCAGCCCUAGAGACCCUUUGUAUGCCCAUAAUGGUUGUAUGCCCAAGCUCUUAUCUCUUAUUUGGGUUUAGUCUAAUGAAUUUUGUAUGACACUAUCAUUAGUUAACAUUCCUGUACAGAGUAAUUGUUCUGCUGACAUACAUAAUGCCACAUGGACACAUGCUACAUUGAAAGUGUCAUUGUUUUUCCUCUGCCAGUCUCUCAACCAACAGCACAAAGUUUCACCAAACACUGAAAUAAUUCUACCAACUGUAUAUAUUUAUACAUAUGUAAGAAUACAUAUGAUUAGCUAAACCAGUAGAGAAGCAAGUGCAAUAUGACAUCAUGAAAAGUAGCUGAACAUUUUAAUUUCGGCAUGUGAUUUGUGGCUGAGGACUUGACAUUUUUGUGGCACAAUGUCUACUAUUAAACAAUGAAGGAGAUUCUUUAAUAAA